AUGACUACACUUGCAUUUCGGGUUUUACGUUUAACGUACAGUAAAACACAUUAUUAUAAAACUGUAUUUUUGUCUUCACAACCAGAGCGAAUCAGUGAGAGUAAUCCGGGAAAAGUUGUAAAUGUAGCUAUUAUUGGUGCUCCAAAUUCUGGAAAAAGCACACUUAUCAAUAAGAUUAUCGAAAGAAAGAUAUGUGCUGCUUCUAACAAAGUACAUACAACUACGAAAUUGGUUAGAGCUAUGUGCUACCAGAAUAACACACAAAUUAUUUUCUUAGAUACUCCGGGUGUUGUUACUGACAAAGAGAAACGGAAGUACAAUUUACCAGAUUCAAUGAUAGGCGCAUGUCACAAAAGCUUACGAUGUGCUGAUGUGGUUGGUGUUGUUCAUGAUGCUUCUAACAAGUAUACCAAAGAUCAGCUUCACAAUGAUGUCAUCAACAUGUUGAAUUCAGUUGAUGAAAUACCUAGUUUCCUGAUUAUAAACAAAGUUGAUAAAUUAAAAAGCAAACAUCAGUUACUAAAUGUGAUAAGAAAUCUUACAAAUGGAUAUAUAGCAGGGAACCCUAUUCCUAAUAAUGAGAGAAGUAAAAAAAAAGCAGAUGGUAGAAUAGAACGAGGAUAUAGUAAAUUUUCUGAUGUAUUCCUCAUAUCUGCCUUAAAAGGUGAUGGAGUAAAUGAUAUUAAGCAAUAUCUUAUCAGCAAUGCAAAAACUGCUAACUUCCAAUAUUCUCCAGAAAUAUGGUCAGAUCAAAAGCCAGAGUCAUUGAUUGAAGAAGCAGUUAGAGCUAAAUUUUUAGACUUCCUAGCUCAGGAGAUACCUUAUAAAUUAAAUGUCCAGCUGGAGUAUUUUGAAGAAAUAGAGGAAGAAGAUAAAAUAUGUUGUUCAGUUGUUGUGGAAUGUCCGUCGGCAAGGUUAGCUAAGUUGAUAGCAGGUGCAGGCGGUGGAAGAUUACAGCAAAUCAAAUCACACAUUAGAAGUGAUCUAAUUGAUUUAUUUAAGAAAACUGUUAUUAUAGAUCUUGAUUUAAAGAUCAAACUAAAUCCCAAUGAGUAG